AGCUGUGCAGCCGCUCCUAACCCGGGGGAUCCUGGGAUUCGGCCUUUCCGGAAGGACGAGCUCGGUGUCCGGUCUAGGCCGCCGUUCUAGCCCCAAACCGGACUUCCAGGUCCUGCUCCAAGCCGAGCCGGUGGCCGUGGCGACGCAGCGGGGACCUUACGCGGGCGCAGCGGCGACUCGCCGAGGUGCGGGGCCUGGCGGGCCGGGCGGUAGCGGCGGCGCGCAGGCCGUGACGGUCCCUCCCCCGCCCGGAGAGCAGCUGCCGAGGAGGACGGCGCGGGCCAGGCGAGGUGAAGCGGUCGCUUAACUGCCCCGGGGGAUGACUCACCGCCGGCCUCGCUGUCAGGUUUGAGGGCCGCCGCGCUGCGUGAUCCUGCCCCAGGGUGUGGCCGUGGGUGUGCCCGGAGCGGGGCUGCGGCGACCCGAUUGCCCUUGGUUGGGAGGCCCUGAGUUUGCCGAGAGCGUUCCCCCUUUGUAUCGUCUGCGGCCUUGCGGCUCGCUGCGAACGCCGGAGGCCUUUCCCAUGAAGGUGUCCCUCGGGAACGGCGAGAUGGGCGUCUCUGCCCACCUGCAGCCCUGCAAGGCGGGGACUACGCGGUUUUUCACCAGCAAUACCCACAGCGCCGUCGUGUUGCAAGGCUUUGAUCAGCUCCGACUAGAGGGGCUGCUGUGUGACGUGACCCUGGUACCCGGUGAUGGAGAUGAAAUCUUCCCGGUGCACAGAGCCAUGAUGGCGUCUGCCAGCGAUUAUUUCAAGGCCAUGUUCACAGGUGGAAUGAAAGAACAAGAUUUAAUGUGCAUUAAACUUCAUGGGGUGAACAAAGUUGGUCUGAAGAAAAUCAUUGAUUUUAUUUACACCGCAAAACUGUCUCUUAAUAUGGACAAUCUUCAGGACACCCUUGAGGCUGCCAGCUUUCUGCAGAUCUUACCAGUUUUGGACUUUUGUAAAGUAUUUCUUAUAUCAGGCGUCUCUUUGGAUAACUGUGUGGAGGUUGGACGGAUUGCUAACACCUACAAUCUUAUAGAAGUGGAUAAAUACGUAAACAAUUUCAUCCUGAAGAACUUUCCUGCGUUGUUGAGUACCGGCGAGUUUCUAAAACUCCCCUUCGAACGGCUUGCCUUUGUGCUCUCCAGCAAUAGUCUCAAGCACUGUUCCGAGCUGGAGCUCUUCAAGGCAGCCUGCCGCUGGUUGAGGCUGGAAGACCCUCGGAUGGACUACGCUGCAAAGUUAAUGAAGAACAUUCGAUUCCCACUGAUGACACCACAGGACCUCAUCAACUAUGUGCAGACAGUAGAUUUCAUGAGAACAGACAACACCUGUGUGAAUUUGCUUUUGGAAGCCAGUAAUUACCAAAUGAUGCCCUAUAUGCAGCCAGUGAUGCAGUCAGACAGGACUGCCAUUCGAUCCGACUCCACCCACCUGGUCACCUUGGGAGGCGUUCUGAGGCAGCAGCUAGUGGUCAGUAAAGAGCUUCGGGUGUACGAUGAACGGGCCCAGGAGUGGAAGUCCUUAGCCCCCAUGGAUGCUCCUCGAUACCAGCAUGGCAUCGCUGUUAUUGGAAACUUCCUUUAUGUAGUUGGUGGUCAGAGCAAUUAUGAUACGAAAGGAAAGACUGCUGUCGACACAGUUUUCAGGUUUGACCCUCGGUAUAACAAAUGGAUGCAGGUGGCCUCGUUAAAUGAGAAGCGCACGUUCUUUCACCUGAGCGCCCUCAAAGGACACUUGUAUGCGGUCGGUGGGCGCAGUGCGGCUGGCGAGCUGGCCACCGUGGAAUGUUACAACCCAAGAAUGAACGAGUGGAGCUACGUGGCAAAAAUGAGUGAACCCCACUAUGGCCAUGCUGGGACAGUGUAUGGGGGUUUAAUGUAUAUUUCAGGAGGAAUUACGCAUGACACGUUCCAAAAUGAGCUCAUGUGUUUUGACCCAGAUACAGACAAAUGGACACAGAAGGCCCCCAUGACUACAGUCCGAGGCCUGCAUUGCAUGUGUACAGUUGGAGACAAGCUGUAUGUGAUUGGUGGCAACCACUUCAGAGGAACAAGUGAUUAUGAUGAUGUUCUCAGCUGCGAAUACUAUUCGCCAACUCUUGACCAGUGGACUCCAAUCGCUGCUAUGCUGAGGGGUCAGAGUGAUGUUGGAGUUGCUGUUUUUGAAAACAAAAUCUAUGUUGUUGGUGGAUAUUCUUGGAAUAAUCGUUGCAUGGUAGAAAUUGUCCAGAAGUACGACCCAGAAAAAGAUGAGUGGCAUAAAGUUUUUGAUCUUCCAGAGUCGCUUGGUGGCAUUCGGGCCUGUACUCUGACAGUUUUUCCACCUGAAGAAAACCCUGGGUCACCUUCAAGAGAAUCGCCUCUCUCAGCACCUUCGGAUCAUUCUUAGAUACAAGGUGUAAUACCUUGCAGUGUACUCAUGGAUGAUCUCACUUCCCCUUCAAUUGUCUCUUAUUACUACAGUUAUUAGACAAAAAGGUAACUUAGGUUUUUUUGUUUGUUUUGCUUAGUAGGUUAUUAAAUGGCUAAUAAGUACAUUCUGGAAAAUGUGUUAAAUAUAUUUAGCUGUUUUAACAAGUGAAAGACAUGUGAAAAAUUAAAUGUCUUUUGUGGUGUUACAUAUGUCAAAUUGUAGGUGAUCAUAGUGAAUGUGUAAUUGUCUAUUAUGCUACAAAGUUGAAAGUUUUGAUUUGACUAAAACAUCAAAUGGAGGUCCCCUGUUAUAAACUAAAAUAAUAAAAGAUUGCCAAGGUAGAGCUACCUCCCUCUUGGAUAGUUUUUGACAAUUUGUUAGCUAGGCUAUGUGAUUACUCUUAGAAUAUAUGAAGUUUCUUAGGUAGGAGAAAUAGUACAAAUAUUAACUAGAAGAAACAGUAAGUCAGGAUUUGUUAUCUUACUGGAGAAAAGAAAAUUUUGAAGUGUGUACACAAGACAUAUAUAUAUGUGCUCACACAAAAAUUCAUGUGUACUACGUAUAAGCUUUUAGAACUGGUAGAAACUUCAGCAGUAGUGAAAACGAGCUAAUGUUUUCUUCCACAGAGUAGCACCUUUUAUUUCAGUGAAAAUUCCAUACCAGAGAGUUAGUGUCUAAAGUGCUCAGCAAAAUUUAGGUAGUUAAGGGCUACAACAAGUUAAAUUGACAACCAAAUUUGUCAUAUUUAAUGGGAUUGUUUCCUUAAAUGAAAUCUAAUUAGUUUUUCUGUGUAACCUGUAGUUAAAUGUAUAUAGAUUAUUUAGCAAAAGUCAAGGUUCGGAGAAUUGUUUCUUCUUACUACUUUUUCCAGUGAGAUUUGGCAGUCAGGAAAGGCAAGGAAACACUCUGAACAAAGCCGUAGGAUUUUAAGUUCAGACUCCCACCUCUGUCACUCUGGCAUGUUUAUUGUGUGAUUUUGAGUGAUUUCUGGUGCUGCUGUAGCUGAUAACAUCCUGAGCUGUGUGGCAUGCCUCAAGGCUGAUCUAAGCAAACAGAUAGACCCUGUUCUCCAUCAAAUCAGAAAUAUACCUUUUCAACCUUGACCCAAGGGCAGGACCAACUUCAGAUCCCCUAACAAGCCAGCUGGUUUCUUUAAGGCAGUGCUAAAGUAGACUUGUAGUCUUUCAGUACUGUGGGAAUACUCUCUGGCUGUGAAUUAUAUGGGAAAAUCCUAAAGGGACAGAUGGAAUUAUAGUGGUCCUUGGUAAUGAGUGAUACUGGAUAUGUGCUUCCCUGGAAAAGUAGCUCACCUGAAGGAAAUAAACAUAGGUGCAUACGUAUAUGUGUGUAUGUAUGGCUAGUCCUGGGAGAGCAGCAGAGUAAAUCAGGAGCAAUGCCUUGACAGUCCCUUAAAAGGAUUUGGCUUCUGGCAUCUGAACUUUACUUACUGCCCAUACAAGUGUUGGUUUAUUUUAAUGCUCUUUAUGAUUUCUACAUUGACAGAAAUUUUCAUACUUUGUGUUUUUUAAUGACUCCAUUUUUUUUAUUACUUAGACAUAUUUGAAUACUUUUAGAAGUUAAGGUAAGCAUUGCUACUAACUUUGUGUUUUGAAUAAGCAAGAAGUGGCAUCCCAAACUCUCUGUCUGUCUGUCUGUCCCCCCCCCACUCUUUUUUUUUUCUUUUUGCAAAAGUGAAGAAUACUUGUGUAUUUUGAAUAACUUCAUUUUCUCUUUGGUCAAAUGUCCAUGUCCUUUUUCCUUGUGAAACCUAUUAGAAUUGCUUUGUUUUUCAUAUCAAGUUACAGAAUUUCUUUAUAUAAUAAAAUUAUUUGCCCGGUA